UGAAAAGCGGCGAAACAGGUCGGUCCAGCCGCGGGCGCUGUGCUAUAUAAACGAUUGGAUGUUUUAGUUGGACAACACACAGGAGAGAAACAUCUCUCGACAGGUGACUCAAUCUAUCAGGUGAACGGACGUGAAGGAGCAGACAUGAAGCUGGGGUUGCUGGUGUUGUUGGCUGUGGCCGUUCUGGGGCCCAGUGUCUCUGGGAACCGGAUCGUUUCCAUAUGUGAGCUGAAGGAGAAGCUCGACGCCGCCCUCGUUCUGCCCAAAGCUUAUGAUGCCUGGAAGAACAAGUACUUAGCGAGAGCUAUCUGUGAGUUGACCCGGAGGUCCGGUCUGAACACUGACCUGAUCAGAGUGUUCGGACAUCGCAUCCCAACAACGACUGCUGCACCUACGACCGUGCCUGUUUCCACCGCCGGCACAGACAUGCCUAUAAGCUUGGCAGGUUCAUUAGCCCCUUUCACCACCACCACCACCACCACCACCACUCCUGCACCUACUACCGCUGCUGCUACCACUACUACUUCCACUACCACCACCAUUCCUGCACCUACUACCGCUACUGCUACCACUACUACUUCCACUACCACCUCCACGGCUGCUCCUAGUACCACUGAACCAACAACCGUAGAACCACUGACCGCAAACUUCACCGAGACAAACAGCACAAGCGGCGGCAGCAGGAGGAAGCGUUCGGUCACGGGCAUCGACGAGGACAUGGAGGCCAUGCUGUACGAUCAACAGAACGUGUUCGAUGAGCAGGAGAUGGAGGAGGACUACAACCACGUGCAAGAUGAGGACGACGAGGAGGAGGAGGUCGAGGAGGAGUUCGAGGAGCAGGAGAGCCCAGAGGAGGCGUUCAGAGUGAAGAGAGGCGCAAGAAGGAGCAGCGACGAAAAUUCGUCCGAGGACCGGAAGCCCAGGAGGAAGAAGGUGAAGAAGCAGAAGCUGCCCUGGUCCAUCGGCUACUACGGCCUCUUCCAGCUCUCUGACGGACACUUCUGCAACUCUGGUUAUCGCUGGUCCAGAAACGUUUGCAACACCACCUGCACAGCCUUCGCCGACGACAACAUCACUGAUGACAUUGAAUGCUUUGUGUCUUCUGGAUACUGGUGGUACAUCUUGAGGAAAGUCUCUCGCAGAUGUUACCGCGCCACAAACUUCCUGGACGGAUGCUGAUCAGCUGAGAGACAAACUGAGGACAGAGGACUGAGGACACAAGGAUCUGAUGAGCUGUGACCUUUGACCUCCUCCUGAACAUUAGUUAACGCUGAUGUUAAUCCUGAAGUAAUGAAUAAGUCUUUGCUGGAAUAAAUUGUUUCGUUUAGUUUCUUCCGGGGCUCCGAAUUAAAGUUGAAUCUGAUGAAUGUGAUAUUGAUGUGUCUUCAGUCUGAUCUUAAAUGACUCAUGUCUCUGAUUGUCCAAUAAACGUUUUCUCUACA